AGCAAUGGCCAUGCAGCAGCAUCGAACUGUGGCACAGAUGCUAUUUGAGCUCCGCGCAGCCUCCCCGGGCAGGCUCCCCAGCCAAUCUGGACCUCCCGAUCGGCUCAGCACUAGGCCAGCCUAACUGCGCAAUUGGUUGCCUAGCAACGUGUCUCAGCUGCACACACUUGCGCUGGAACCAGCGACAGGGCUCUCCCUGCCCCAGGCAUCAAUAGUUUUUUUCAACAUGAACAAACAUGAAUGAGUAAUGCAUCCUUUAUACACAGCUUGAUAAAAAGAUUCAAUAGAGUUUGAAUGGCAACAGCCACAUUAGGGUGUCAUAAAGGUCCAGUUGGGACUCAAAGAACCAACAGAUGUGUCUUCAAGACAUAACCUGUAGCCCCUUACUUGACAAUUUAGCUCAUAUAAAUGCUUUAAAUCACUGUCUACAUGUAUUCCCAGAUACUUAAAUCCCGUCGGGGACCAAACAAAAGGAUUAUUCCUUUUACAGUCAUUGUAAUCAAACUGUGAAAGAGGGAGAAUUUCACUUUUAUCAUAAUUAACUUUGUAUCCAGAAAAUGUACUGUAGGAAUCAAGAAGUUUUAGCAGGUUGGAAAAUGAUUCUUUGGGAUGUGUUAACUAAAAGAAUGGGCUUGCUACUUUUCGAUAUUAAUCUGUAAAGCUCGUUAAAUGACGAAUUCCCCCAAAAUAUUGUUUGACUGAAAUAAAUUUAUAUAGGAUAAAUGUCAGUAAAACCACUCGCUAUUUUUUAUUUUCUUAACAAAUAUAAUAAUUUAGGAAUCAUCUCUAGUUUGUGUAGUUUUUAUACUUACUGUCUGUCCCGUCUCCGUUACGCUCUGAAUGGCUGGGGGUCACUGUCAGUCAUCUCAAUGGUUCGUUAGUACUGUAGUUUCACUGUCACUGUCAUUUCACCCUGUUCUGACAGAUCUUGUUGACUGAAGCAGCGCUAGAGUGCUCUCAUUCGUUUAAAUGACUGUCAAUCGUCAAGAUCUGCACAGACUGUGAACUUUCAUUUGCCAGCUACGGCGCCUGUCAUUCAAAGCACCUACAUUGAAAUUAGUGGGUUAAGGUUUAGGUAAGCUUUUGCUUUAGGUAUACAGUGACAGUUACUAGUUUGAUUUGAAAAUGGGGCGCAAGAGGAAAACACUUAAUGAGUAUUGUGCACAAUACCCUGAUCGACGGCUGAAGACUCUAUUACAGGACGAAGUGGGCCCGUCUACCUUGCCUUCCAGUGAGUCCAGCUGUACUGAAGCAGGAGAGGGGCAGAGCUCAAACUCUGAAUAAUAAGUGCAAGGAUAUUCAGAAAUCACACAAACAGGACCAAGAGUUGUUCAGCUGUUCAAUGCAUUCACCAGCUCCAUGUAAACAUCCUGUAAUCUGCUGAUUCCAAUUGUCCCGAACAUGAAGCUGAGCGUCUGUGUUAAUGACUUAUCCUUGAAGAGGAACCAGCGUGAGAGAGAGUCGGGGCAUUAAUUACACACAGAGGGAGAACUUAGUCUGGGCUUCACGGGAGAGAGAUCAAAAAAAGCACACAUCCGAAUCUACGCUCACAAAACCUUCCCAAGUAACACCGACUGGAAAAGAAAAGGGCUCUGGAAUAGAAACAGAAUAAGUUACUAGGGGAGGCUAUCUCACUGAGAUGUUCCAGGACCAGGCGCAUGGGAAGUUGAAUAGGAGCCCCUCACAAGCACAGCUGCUGGAGUGACUGCCAGGACUGCAUGUUGAAGGGAGUUCUCUGCACCUGUAAACCCCCUCUCUCUCCCAGCCCCCUCCCCCCCUUCAACUGGCCCUUUUUUGGUGGGCAAUACAAUGCAUGUUAUGAAUUGCCUGUCUUUGGUCAAUGAUAAAGAACACCAGGAAGGAGAAUCUGCUGCAACUGGUUUGAUGCCUGGCCACCCGCCUGCAUCCACCCCUGUCUCUGAGAGUUCCCCAAUAGCCCCACCUCCUCCUGCUCUUGUACCUCCCCCUCCACCGCCCCCGCCUCCCCCAGGGGUCCCCCCUCCGCCUCCGCCCCCUCCCCCAGGUCAGGGGAACCACACUCAGGGCAAUCGCAAAAAGAAGCGUGUCCGGAGCUUCUUCUGGAAAACCAUCCCCGAGGAGCAGGUCCGCGGCAAACCCAACAUCUGGACACUGGCAGCUCGGCGGCACACCUACCAGAUCGACUCCAAGACCAUCGAGGAGCUCUUCGGCCAGCAGGAUGAGGCCAGAUCCACAGCUGCCGCCGACGGACAGAAUGCCAGAGGUUCUCGGGCUUCAUUUAAGGAAACGAAGGAAGAGGUCAGUAUUCUGGACUCCAAGAGAAGUAUGAAUGUGGGCAUAUUUCUCAAACAAUUCAAAAAGACAAAUGAGGCCAUUAUUGAAGACAUUCUCCUGGGAAAAAGCGAGAAGUAUGGAUCAGAGACCUUGAAAGAGAUGGCAAAAUUGUUACCUGAGUCAGACGAGCUGAAGAAACUAAAAGCAUUUAAGGGAGAUGCAAGCAAACUGCCACAGGUGGAUUCCUUCAUGUACCUUUUAAUACAAGUGCCAAGCUUCGCUCUCCGAAUUGAAUCCAUGGUACUGAAGGAAGAAUUCUUUCCUUGCUGCUCUUCUUUGAACAAUGAGAUUGACAUAAUUCGCGUUGCUACAAAGGAACUGAUGUCAUGUGAGGAGCUACACGCCGUUUUACAUUUGGUCCUCCAGGCAGGAAACCUCAUGAAUGCAGGAGGCUAUGCCGGCAACGCUGUGGGCUUCAAGCUCUCGUCCUUACUGAAGCUCGCGGAUACGAAAGCGAACAAGCCUGGGAUGAAUCUGCUGCACUUCGUUGCUCUGGAGGCCCAGAAGAAGGAUGAGACUCUUUUGAAGUUUUCUGAAAAGUUGCAACAUGUGCAGAGUGCAGCCAGAUUAUCGGUGGACAAUAUUGAAGCUGAGCUCCAUUCCCUGUCUGUUAGAACAAGAUCCAUAGAGACACAGAUACAGCAAGACACGGAGCUCUUGCAGCAGCUGGAACAAUUCAUACAGAGCGCUGUGAGAGCCCUGGAAGACAAGGAGAAGCAGAGAGUGGAGCUGCGUAAGGAGGGAAAUGUUCUGAUUGAUUUCUUCUGUGAAGAUAAAGAGACCAUGAAAUUGGAUGAGUGCUUCAGGAUAUUCCAGGACUUCUGCCUCAAAUUCAAUAAAGCUGUUAAGGAUAACUGGGAUCGUGAGUUUAAGGAGCUGGCUCAGCAGAAGCGCCUGCGGGAGCUGGAGGAAAAGCGGCACUCGUGGGCAGCAGGGGAUCGUGGCAGUAACUUCGGUCGGAGCAGCAGCGAGAGCGACGUGGAGAUGCUGACCAAGGACGGCCUCCUCGACUUCCUGCAGCAGCCCCAGAGCCCACUCUCCCGCUUGUCCAGCGGCAGGCGCUCCCGGCACUCCCUGGUCGUGAUGGCAGACAGGGAGCUCCGGAACAUCUUGGAAGGCCCUGGAGGGGAGGACCCCAGCAAAUUCAACAGCCUCCCCCGGGUGAACGGGGAUCAGCCGAGGAAGAGCACUGCAUGGAUGGACUUUCAAAAUGAGAACAGGGAAUUUGACUUAAAAAAAAACAUGCACUUAAAUGGGGACCAAGCAGCCACGCUGUACAAAAACAAGGAUGCUGGCCUUCAAACUUCUGCGCUCGCAUCUAACGUGGAUUCAAACUUUAACGUGGAUGCCCAUGUAAAUAAUAAUCGCUCUGAAACCAGCGCAUUGAACAGCAGCAACCAGGAUAAAAAUGCCUACCAAAAGUCACAGCUCACCAGUUAUGGCCAAAUUAAUGUUACCGUGGAAAGGCACGCAUUGAUCACGGGACUCCAGACAUUUGAUUUUACCUCUCCAUCAAAUAAUAAUAAUAAUAAUGUGUGCUUGGUGAACAAGGGAGAUCUUGUUGUUACAGAUUUAGAGAUGGCAAAUAAUACAUCGAAGACUCCCACUGUUUCAGAUACAAGCGUUCCUCUGUCAAGUCUGAGCUCGCAAAGCACAACCAAAUCUGAUUCCAAAACGCAAUCUUCCCAGUUUACAGCCUCUGCUUCUCCACCUCAAAAAGAGGAAGAGGAGGAGGACAACAGCACUGAUGUUUCCUCAACAACAUGCGAUACCCCUUUGCCUUUAGAUAGUUCUGCAUCUAACAACAAGAAGACACUAUUCUACAUUGGGGAUUGCACAGAGGCAGACUGUUCUGUAACAUUUGACUACUCAGAAAGUUGUGAUGCUCACACGACUUCAAAUGAAUCUGGCAAUGUAGAAACCCAAACUCUGGAUUCCCUCCAAGACAACAAUAAAGAGCAGAGUGCAGAUUCUUCAAUCUUAGAAUCAGGAUCUAUCAAUGAUGCACCAGUUUCUGUCCCUCACUCGGCCACCACAGAGGAGGGGGCAUUGGAUGGUGGUAAAACGGGAGAGACUACAAAACAAAAGAAACAAGAGAAAGGUAAGUCGGAAAGCAACAAGAAAACCACUUCUGUCAAAGAGAGUCCAGCUCCAAAAGGACCUAGUGCUCGCGUCAGUAGUUCUGGCAGAGCCGUAAGGACACUAAUGUCUUCAGAAAACCAGAAUAUGCGUAAAGUGGUGCCAAUUUCCAGACUGAGCAGGUCAGCCAGCAUGGCAAAGAAGACAGAGAGAGACCCAGUGAGGGACAGCAGCAGUGCUGAAAUGAAGCGCCCCCAGCGGGAACACAGCACUGUGGGGAACAAAAAUGACCAGACCGCCAGGACUCCUCGGCACUCCAGCCUUCCUGCAGAGGAACCCAAGUUGCACAGAGGUACUCCGGGCCAGGCCAGUUCCCGUUGGGCCAGAGAUCCAAUGACACGCAAAAACUCUGUCAGAAAACCUGGUGCCAAACCAGUACGGAACAUACCCAAACCAGAAGAAAAGAUGUGCCGGUCCACCAUGAGGGAAUUGGCCCAGGCCCAGACUGCAUCAGAGGCAGGAAAACCUCAGACUCCGACUUCUACCAGCAAGGCCUCUGGGGCCGCUCCCAGCUUCGCAAGAAACACCGUGGCCUCUUCCUCCAGAAAGAUGAAAAAGGACAUGGCAUCAAGCUCGAACCCUUCCACACCUUCCAGAAGCGCCACACUCACCAGAAAUGGGCCUCAGAGACAGUCCCUACACAAAACUACGCCAAUACGUAGCCCACAAACUCCAAAGGACGAUGAAAAUUCACCGAGAAGGGUGGCGAGCAUGAGAGUAACCAACAGGACACAGCAGCGUAGCGAGACACCGCCUCCCAAAAGGGAGCCCUCACGCAAAGGAAGCAGCGUUUCUGAUAAGUCACUGGUUCAAAUAAAAGACUCGAGCAGAGUGCCCACAGGCAAGAUACUGAGCCCCACCUGGAAGUAAAAUGUGUAAAAUUAAACUUGGUGUUAAAAUAUAUACAUAUACAUGUAGAGAUGGUUUUUUGUGUUAUUAUUAUUUAAUUUACAGCUUCAUGUCAUAAUAUUGUACAGUUGUUGUUUUUUUUAACCAUGGCCUUAAAAAGAGGUGGCAUUAACACGCUUCUUGUGAUGUCUGAUGACCACAUGAUCUGUAUAGCUUUUUGUAAAUACACUGUAAUGAUCGUUAAUCCAUGGUAAAUUGUGUUGAAUGUUGUGAGUCCAGCUGUGGUUCAGCUGCAUGAACUACUAAAGCUCAAGAAUGUGGAUUAUAACCACUCUGCUAUUAAGUAACUUUUUUCAGAUGUGAAUGUGGAGUUGUGCAUUAUAUCUGACAUAUUUUAACUAUUUUUGCUGAUUGCCCAUUUUACCCAAAUGUUUGCAAGUGGACAUGAAAUAUGCCUUUUCAAUCUGCUUAAUUGUUUUUUUUCUGUUCUCAUUGAAGUGUAAAUGUUACUGGAAAUAUAACAAUAAUGCUGCUGAUUUGCUCUGUACCAACUUAUUUCAUGAAUGCAUGCAAGAUAGGAGUUGUUUUAAACCUUAAUUGAUGCUGCUGUGUUGCCGGUACUGUGUGUUCAAGUGACUUUUUUCUGUUCUGAAGUGCCCCCUGGUUUCAGCUGUAAUAAUGAAUACCUUACAAAGCCAUUUUGACCUUCAAUGGCAUGACACUCUUUCAGAAAUUUUAGAGGUAACUUCCAAAACCAUCUCCACAAUACACAAAUGUCAGUAAAUCAAAAUGUUUUUGAAAUGUAUGUAAAAUGUAAUAAGUUUAUGAAAGAACUGCAAACAUUAAAUGCCAGUCUGAAUGAAAUAUAUUAAGGUUUUUCUUGGCGUACUUGGUCAAACACAUGACAAUUUGUCCCUGUGGAGUUCACACAAACUGUUUUAAAAAGAAUUCAAAAAUCAUGACCAAAGGAGAUGUAUACUAUAUAUGUGCAGUUUUUUGGGGGUCAGUUUAGCUUUACUACUAGAGGCAUUUGCAUUAAUUCAGAGCAGAUGGCUGGCAGUUUAAAAGAGUUGUUGAUACUCACCUACUAACUGACCCAUUCUCCAGUUAUGUCCCGUAUACUUAAAGUUCAUUAACUUUCACUUUGAUGCCCACUAAUGACUAAUGCUCUUCAUGAAACUUGUAAAAGCGAGUGAAAGGCAAGGUCGAUUUGAAAGAAAUGCGGAUUGUACUGGCUGUGGAGUAUUAAGGUUAAGAUUCACAAGGCUAACAUGAUAAUAAAACAUAGUUCCCGGCAAGUACCUUUUUGUGUGAAGUGUUAAGGAAAUCUAAGUUAGCAUUGCUGAACAUUUGCUCUGUUUCCCAGGGGAAAAAUUUAAUGGAGUCCCUAAUUCUUAUACCUACAUAAUGAGUUACUACAUGCAGACUAACAUAUUUUAAAUUUUGUAACGUCUUCAUUUGUCCAAUGUUAAAGAGUAAGUAGCGAGGUUCCGAAAAAUAUAGCGUUACACAUCCCCAAGUGGUGCUACAACUGUUUUAAAUAACGUAGCUGUGAUUUUUCUUUUCAUUGUUAACAUCCUGAUAAUGUUUUACACACAACUUUAAAGUCUGUUUUAAAGCUGUAUUCAAAAUGUCUGCUCUAGUGCACUGGGGUUUGAGAUCUAUCCUCUAACUCACUGCAAGCGAUUAAAAAACAAGUAACAAGUUCUCUGGCUUUUCUGUUCUGCACCACAUUAUGGAUCGUUAUUGCUCUGUUACCUGUUUGACAAUGUGAGCAAUAAUCCUUACACUAUCAGUGCACUAGAGCGGACAUUUUGAAAAGAGCUUUGAAACAGACUUUAAAGUUA